AUGGUUCGAAAUCAAUGAGUGCAGAGAUUAAAAUAAAUCAAAAAUUUUGGAUAAUUUUGAAAAAAAAAUCUGUUCAACACAAUUCGGUUCGAGUUUUUUUUAAAGAAUGAUUUUUUCAUUCUUAAUCAAAAGUGUGUAGAAAAUAUGGACGUUAUUGAAUACAAAUUGGCUUCAAACAAUCCAACCCUCAUAUCGCACGCAAUAUGGAAAUUGUUGGAUGCAGUAAAAGAGAAAGUGGAAAACGGCGAAAGCGAAUCGAAGAUUACCGAGUUGAAAUUUCUUUUGAGCCAAUGUGAAAGUAACAACGGAAUAAUAAGUAUCACAGCAUGUCAGGCUUUAGUAACACUAGCGGAAAGCAGAAUUCUUCCUACGGCAACCAUUCUGUCAAAUUUAACAGUCUGCCUAGGAAAAGCAAAACAUUGUGGUAUGGUUGCUUCAGCAAUAUGCAAUCUCUUGACUCUAGAUUUAAAAACACUUGAACCAGAGGGUGAGUGUCCUUUCACUCUGAAAACACUGCAACAUCCAUUGAUAACAGUUUUAGUACAGAAAAAAGAAGCAUGGAAAGACUUGCUGAUGGAUGUGCAGGCGAUGCUGAAUCAUUGCGAAGCAAAAUUUUUGGAGCGCUAUGUGACACUUCUACGUCCACUAUUUCUUUAUAUCCUGUGCGAUCCUAAGCUUUCACUUUCAGAGAGUUGUAGACAACAAGCUUGGCAUUUGUUAGUACUGGCAAAUGGGACAAUUGAACUACAAAUUGAAAUUUUGCAGUGGCUCCAAACUGCCAGCUUGGAACGUUGUCUGGAUACGAAUUACCGGAUUCUCGAGCUUGCGGAAAUCACCAACACUUACAGUAACAAAUCGUUUAGUUCUGCACUCGUUUUUUCUAUAACGUCAAUGGCUCUAGAACUGCUACGAAAAAAUGGAGAUCCUCGCUCUAAUCUGGAUAUGGUUUCAAAUAUUCUUGACCGCAGCGAUUAUAAUUCUGGCAAUGUUCUGAUGUGUUUGGUAGCCGAAAUGAUUACCAUCUGUCCCAGUAUUUAUCUAUUGGAUAUCGUAACUAUUGCCGCUAAAAUCCUAGAUAAGACGCGUUGCAAUCGAACAGUUGCUCACGUCCUAAUAUCAUCGAUUCUCCAAUGGAUGGCAUAUCCUACGGUAUUGUGUUCAGAGGCUCUGGACCUUGCACGGAAUUUGAUUAAAAAAAUUGUCAGAGGUGAACCAAAAAAUUAUACACCCAGCGAAUCUGAAUCGGAUAACAAGUUUAAAGGCUUGUACAAAGUUGAUGCAAAUCUCCAAUUUUACAUGGAAUUGUGUUGCACCGUGGAGUCUUUGAAUCGAGAGACGAUUUUGCCAUGGCUAGAAAAACUAUCGAAAUCGCCAAAUUACAUCUUGCCCAGUUACAAACUAAUAAUUGCUGGAGUAUUUUUAGAGAGCAACAACCAGGAAAUCAUAAAAAAAACGUGUAGGCUCCUUGUGGAAUUGUCAAAAAACGGAGGUCAAAUUUUGCCCACGAUUCUUUACAAACUGUCGAAUACUCGAGAUUGUGAACAGACGAAAACAUUGUUAUUCGCGCUGCCAAGAUUAACAAGAUCGAAGGAAAAUGUGCCGAUCGUAAUGAGUACUUUGAAGACAUUAUCUGCAGCUGGAAAACCUUUAAAUUAUGUUGCGAUCGAACUGUACGUUCAAGCGUUGACAGUGGAGCCGCGAUGCCAUAGACAUCUUCAAACAGCGCUCGUGCAAUUAAGCAACACCGAUACUUCCUGGCAAUCGGACGUAACAUGCGCAAGAGCAAUGAAAUACAUUUGUGAAAAUCAUUCCGAGCACGGAGCAGAAUUAGUGCCACUUUUGUCACAAAUAUUAAAUCGAUGUUCCUCGAAAAGCGGGAGUGCUGCAAGCGCUUUAUCUCUCAAUGGCAUUUCCGCUCUUUGCGUCGCUGGAGUUAUAGAAAUUUGUUCUACGUGGCGGGUUCUCGCGCCAAAAAUGAACGAAGAAAGUCGUGUGAUUGUUGUACAAGCAAUCUGCGAACUUUUCGGUGACAUACCACUAACCCCAAGUCAAGAGGGCACCGAGUAUGGAAAAUUGAUGACCGAAGUUCUCACGAAACUUUGGGACUAUGCUUUAAACUCGAAGAAGCUUGAAAUCGUUGAAUCGGCUUUUAAAGCUUUGCAAUCAUACAAAUUGUCCAAUAUGCCUUUGUGCGUACUUCCGGUUGAUUUUAUAAAUCGUGUGGAAAAGCCGGAAACGAUAAACAGUCGAAAAAAUGAGGAGGAAGAAGAUGGUGAUAAAACGGAGAAUCUCUUUCCUUAUAUUCCGGCCCAUUAUUGGAUACUUCUUCUGGAAAAUAUCAAUCGUUCUUCACUUCCAGCUGCAAGUAAUUUUUUUCAACAUUUUAUUGGCGAGGAAUUGCACAGUUUUCGAACUGGAAUUUAUCGAUGGCCUCAUGGUGAACCCGGCAAUUUCAAGUAUCUUUCGGAAAAAAGCCCUCUGCGAGCCAUCGGUGAAUACAUCAGAACUUACAAGUCCACGCACAGCGAGAAUAAAAAAACUGUCACGAUCGAAUGCAUGAGAAUAUUUUCCCAUAAAUACUUGAAGGCCCUCCCUCCAAUCGAAUUUUCGCAUUUCAAACCGGCCAUUGAAAUAUCUUCAAAAACACGAGAGUACGGACUUUCUUUGGCUUGUCAUCAAGCCCCUAUUUCACCAUCGGCCAAGGAAUACGUGGAAAAACAUAUGACUGCUUUUACGAAAAAAUGUGGGACUUCGAGUCCUGAAGAGUUCAAAGAGUGCUUGAAUAUUUAUAAGAAACUGGACGAUGUUUGUCGAGCGGUCGGCUCGAACGUUCUCGGCCCGUUUUUGGAUACGACACUUAACAAUGUUCUCGAAAAAGCUUGUCGCAACAAUGAAUACGCGAUCGCUAUGUUCGACGAAAUAAUGGAUUAUUUUGCAAAAACUCUCAAAGAUGAAUUAAUUCACAAUGACAACAGAUCGUUGAUCACGAGUAAUUUGGAAAAGAUGAUGGACCGCAUUGACGUAGAUUCGAGAAUGUUUAAAUCUUACACAAACGCGGCUUUGCAAUUGACAACGGAACAUUUAGAGAGAAUGACUUUGCCAAGCGUUUGGCUCCAAAUUACUCCUGAUAAAUUACGAAAAGCUAUUAUCAUUCGAGCUGAACUUGUUCUGAAGAGAAAUGACGUCACUCCAUUGAGCUGGAUGAACGAAAUUAUCCGAGCUUCGUCUUCAACACGGGACGUUCACUCAUGUCUUCUUGAACAAUUACAAAGAAUUUUGCCAGAGAUAAGAUUGGAAAAAUCGAAUGCAGCCUGGACUUUGAAUCUGAUGCGUCGAAUAGGAUCCAUACUUAUCGAAAGCCAGGAAAAAGAGGAAAAUCUCGAUGCAGCUAUAUUUUUGUGUGAAAUUUUAUUCAUCAGUGUCGUUUGUUUAUCAGCGACGGACUGUAUACUAUUAAAUGAUCGUAGUCUCGUGACGUCACACCUGACAAGAGCGAAAUUAUUCCCCCAGGCUGUAGCCAGCAUAGUUCAAACGGCGUAUUGGAAAGACAUAAUUCCGCAAACCAUGGAAUGGCUGAAUCACAUGAGAACCACUUCAAUACCCAGAAUGUACAAAAUCGUAUUUCACAAUGCUCUGGUAUCACUGAAAAAUGAAGUUUACUUCGAUGUUGCAUGGACGAAAUAUUUAUCUAUCAGAGCUCCAAUAAACGCGUAAUAUUUGAAA